GCACAAGGUCGGGGUCCCCGCGGGGCAGAGCGCUGGUCCCUCGCCGAGCAUCGCCCUCGCUCCGUCCGCAGCCGCCCGUCUCCCACCACCGCAGCCAUGGCAAACAAAGGGCCAGCCUAUGGCAUGAGCAGGGACGUGCAGUCCAAGAUCGAGAAGAAGUACGAUGACGAGCUGGAGGACCGGCUGGUGGAGUGGAUCGUGGCGCAGUGCGGGGCUGCCGUGGGGCGCCCGGAACGGGGCCGCCUGGGCUUCCAGGUCUGGCUGAAGAACGGCAUCGUGCUCAGCAGGCUGGUGAACAGCCUCUACCCCGACGGCUCCAAGCCCGUCAAGAUCCCCGACGCGCCGCCCACCAUGGUCUUCAAGCAGAUGGAACAGAUCGCCCAGUUCCUGAAGGCGGCCGAGGACUACGGCGUGGUCAAGACAGACAUAUUCCAGACCGUGGACCUGUUUGAAGCCAAGGACAUGGCAGCGGUGCAGAGGACGCUGAUGGCCCUGGGGAGCCUGGCAGUCACCAAGAACGACGGCAACUACCACGGGGACCCCAACUGGUUCAUGAAGAAAGCUCAGGAGCACAAGCGCGAGUUCACCGAGAGCCAGCUGAAGGAGGGCAAGAACAUCAUCGGGCUACAGAUGGGCACCAACAAGGGAGCGUCACAGGCGGGCAUGAGCUACGGCCGGCCCCGGCAGAUCAUCAGCUAGGCACGUCCCUGCCGCCCGCAGCCCUCCCCAGCCGGGACCGCCGUCUCCGCUCCCCCCGGCCCAGCGCCGCCGCCAGUCCAUUGGUAUUUAUUGAGGAGCAUCCGCCCGCCAGCCCCAUCGCCCCCGCCAGCGGCCGCACAGCCCCGCCGCAGCCCCCAG